CUAUUGUAUCUCUGUUCUGUUCCGUCUUCAACUCUUCUCUGAACCUGUGAACAAUGGCGUCUCUCUCUAACCUCAGCCAACUCCGCUGCAAGACCCUGUCGGUCACCCUGCUCAACUCCGCACCCUCAAUUUCGCCACCGUGCACCGUCGGGAUUCGGAGCAUACCGGUCGGAACACUGAGGAUUUGGGCCAAAUUUCCGAGGCCGAUGCUGUGUGCCCGAGCUGCGACGAACAACGACGAGUGGGGCUCAGAGAAGGAGGACCCUUACACGGACGUGGCGGUGGCAGAGCCGGAGGAGAAACUGACGGAGACCGCGAAUCUGAAGAAGGCUUUGGUUGAUUCGUUUUAUGGAACUGAUCGUGGACUUCAAGCGAGCAGCGACACCAGGGCUGAAAUCCUUGAGCUUAUCACCCAGCUUGAAGCCAAGAACCCCACCCCUGCACCCACCGAUGCCAUGACUCUCCUCAACGGAAAAUGGAUUCUGGCGUAUACAUCAUUUGCAGGUUUAUUCCCAUUGUUGGCAAGGGGAACACUGCCAUUGGUCAAGGUAGAGGAAAUAUCUCAGACCAUUGACUCAGAGAAUUUUACUGUCCAAAACUCUGUACAGUUCGCUGGUCCAUUGGCUACCACCUCCAUUAGUACCAAUGCCAAAUUUGAAGUUCGAAGUCCAAAACGUGUGCAGAUCAAAUUUGAGGAAGGCAUCAUUGGCACUCCACAGCUGACAGACUCGUUAGUGAUACCAGAAAAUGUGGAAUUUCUGGGGCAAAAGAUUGACCUCACACCUUUUAAAGGCAUACUUACGUCUGUCCAAGACACAGCCUCAUCGGUUGUGAGAACAAUUUCCAACCAGCCUCCUUUGAAGAUCCCAAUUUCCAACAGCAAUGCUCAAUCGUGGUUACUCACUACAUACCUUGACGAAGAACUACGCAUCUCAAGGGGUGAUGUUGGUAGUGUGUUUGUUCUUGUCAAGGAAGGAAGCUCUCUUUUGACAAGCUAAACACACCAGUUUGCUUGGUCAUUAUAUAAUAACUAGUUUUAUAUUUAUAAAUAAGCAACAUGUCUGUAUUAGAUAUGUAAUUCUCAAGAUGCAUAUAUAUAGACAGGACAGUGUGAAUGCCGUGCUGCGUCCUGUCAUGAUCGAUGUUUGUUAAGUGUGAAAUUUUAUGAGCACAAGCAAGAAGCAUGAACUAGCUUCAAGUGAUAUGUUGUCAACUUUU